UCAUUGAAGCGUAAGAGCCCCCACGAUGAGAGUCCUUCAAGCCGCGCAUCGUCUCUGGAUACUUCCACCUCCACCUCAUCGUCAAUCCCGACGCCACUCACCUCACAGUCAGAAGUCUGGAAUGGUGUCCUGCUUAAGAAGUCUGGAGAUAUUUAUCCGCAUUCCCUGGCUUCUGGUAUUGAUCAUAUAGACGCAACCACGGUGCCCACACCAGCAAUGCUCUCUACCGCAAAGGCUCAUCUUGUCGAUGGUGUCAAGCAAGGUCGCAAGUUCAUCCGCCGGCAAUUUCUGGAACAGCUGGCACGCAUCCCAGGUCCUCCGGUUACAUUCGUCAACGAAGUAAAUAAAGAGACACCCUCUCUUGAUUUCACCUACAUCCAGGACUAUGUGCUUGGCGAAGGGGUGUCUCGAGAUGAUGCGGACGCAGUGAAGAUGGGUUGCAAGAAAUGCCGGCCGGAUAUGGGAGGCAACAAAGGAUGCGAAUACACUGGAAAAUGUGACUGCCUGGAGUUCGCCGCGCCUGAUGAGUCGCGUUGCAAGGACGACGAGCAGAGGGAACACUACGCAGCGUGGAGAAGUGGAGAGGCAGAUUCGGAAGGCCUACCCAAGCGAUUCCCCUACAGGAGAGAUCACGUAAACAACCUCUUCGUGUUGGACUCUUUCUAUCUGGACAGCAGAAACGCAAUCUAUGAAUGCAACGAGCUGUGCAGGUGCGGCCCAGGAUGCAAGAACAGAUUAGUUCAAAAAGGGCGAAAGGUGCCACUCGAAAUCUUCAAGACACGAAAGCGAGGAUUCGGUCUUCGCUGUCCUAUCGAUCUCAAAAGAGGUCAAUACAUCGACAGGUAUCUCGGCGAACUCAUUACCGACAGCGAGGCCGAUGCUCGCGAGGAAGCUGGCGACUUUAACAAGGCUUCUUACAUGUUCUGGCUCGACAAGUUCGCUGGAGACGAGGAUACACCUGGCGAGCUCCAUAGGAGUGAUUGCUACGUGGCUGAUGGAGAGAAGAUGGGAGGUCCAACUCGGUUUAUCAACCACAGUUGCGACCCCAAUUGCCGCCUGUUCACCGUGAGCUACAACCGAUUUGACCGAAGAAUCUACGAUCUGGCCUUCUUUGCGCUGGAGAACAUUCCUGCUGGCACUGAACUUACGUUCGACUACAUGGAUCCGGAAGAGGGAGAAGCAGGUCAAGCGGCAAACGAUGACAUGGACGAAGGCGGUGUUGCUGUUGACUGUCUCUGUGGUGCGAAGAACUGCAGAGGCAAGUUGUGGAUGUGA